UCGCAUAACCGCUACCUCUGAGCGAGCGAUUCAUCGCGGCCAUGUCACACACACGUCUCCUCCUCCACCGGGCCCCUUUCAGAAUAUUGCCACGGGCCAACCACCAAUGCAUCCGAUCGCGCAGCGCGCAUACCUCCCCGCCAAACCCCAUUCUCCAAUCAGGCAUCCGGUGGUCUUACCUAUGGUACGCCAGCAUCCUCGCCCUUGGAAUUACCACUGGUCUUGGCGCGCGCCACUUUGCCGCGCCUCUGGGCCUCCCUAUCCCAGGAUCGCGCGAAGACAAAUUGAUACUCGACUCGCUGAACCAAGAUAUCGAUGACCUCGAAGUCGUGAAAUCCCUCCGAAGCCAGUCAUACAACCUUCAGUCUGACACUGCUCUCAGAUCAGGGCCUGGUUUGGCGAAAGGCGGAGGGGGAGGGGGAGGGAGGAAGAUAUCAGCGUACAAAGACUGGCUUGAACUCGACAUAGAUUUGGGCAAGGAUGGAGAUGGUAAGGGGGGUGUUCUGGAAGCUAUGAGCGGCACGAGGGGUUUGGGUGUACAACGAGCGUUCUGGAAUGCAGAGACGAAGGAAAUGGUUGCUGUGGUGUGGCUUGGAGCUGGACUGAGUGGGUGGCCGGGUGUUGCGCAUGGAGGGGCUAUAGCGACCGUCUUCGAGGAGGUCAUGUCGAGGAUGGUUAGAGGACCUGAGGGCGCUCUGGAGGCCAUGCACCGCCCAACCUCCCUCAGCGUAACGUACGCGAAGCCGACCUACAGCCUCGACUUCUAUGUUCUUCGCGCAAAGUUCUCGAAACCCGAUUUGCCACAAACCGAACCUCCACCGGAGCCAGAGGCAGAACCCACGACGAGUUGGUUGAGUUGGCUGUCGCCGAGGAAGGACAUGACGAAGCGGGAGGAGCCGGGGAUGGAAACGGUUAACGAGAUCGUGGGGACCUUGGAAAGCAUGAGAGGGGAUCUAUGUGUAAAGGCAAAGGGUACAUUCGGUUUGCGUGGAGCGUCAAUAUGACUCGAGAGCGGUGUGAGCUCGAGGGAAUAAAAAGCGUAAGAGGAGCGCUGUACGAUUAGCUUGGGAUACUGAGAUAUCCUGGAAUGUAAAUUUUCAGCCAAUAUUAUCACUUCAGGAACUCCCGCUGACGGCGAAAGCAGGGA